AUGGAAGCUUUAAAUGAAAAUGAAAGUCAACUAACUGGAAGAAAAACUGAAGUUUCAGUUACGUUUGAUACACCUAAAACAUCAGUUUCAUUAACACCUAAUGUCUCUAAUGUUUAUGAAGAGUCAAGUAGAAAAACAGAAGAAUUAAUAGAAGAAACUCCAGAGAAUUCUCCUAUACUCAAACGACAAAAAAAUAUCGUAGCAAAUACUCGCCAACAAAGUGGCUAUUUCUUCUUUACAUCAACAGAGGAAAAACAAGAAUCUCAAGAUUUAGAUUUUACUACAUAUACUGGAGCAAAGGAUUUAUUAACUAUUGUUGAUGGUUGUAAAGUUAUUAUAGACAUUGGAACAUAUUCAAUGAAAGUUGGACUUAUUACUGAUGAUAGUCCAAGAAGACGUUUACCUAUGGCAAUUACAGAAAUGAAUUGUUGUGAAGAAGCAGUUAAAAGUGAUGAAUGUGAAUUUAUAUUAGAGCCAUAUCAUAUUAAUCCUUUUCAAGACAGUCAAUUAUUUGAAGAUAAAUUAAAACGAAUUUUAAAUGAAAUUUAUCGAGUCGUAUUAAGAGGUUGUAAUCCAUCUUCUCAUCCAAUAUACUUUUCUGUUAAUCAACAUUUAAUCAAUAUAGUUGAUUCAAUUAGAGGAUGUUUUACUCAAUUAGGAGUAAAUGAAAUAGAAUAUGUUAAUCCAUUUUAUGAACUUCUUCUUCCAACACAGUCUUCAACUGGAUUAAUACUUGAUUUUGGAAGUGCUAUUUCAUUAAAAGCAAUUAUUGAAAAUAAAGUUAUUGAACAAAUGGAAAUAGAUAAUAAACUCAUAGACACAUCUAAAAUAUUAUUACAACAACAACUUCAUAUUCAACCUUCAAAAUGGGAUACUUUAAGUGCACUUAAAUUUUCUUUUUGUUCUGAAAAAUUUAAUUUACAUAAAUUCGUUAUUCAGAAUAAUGAAGUUGAAUGGAAUGAUGACAUCAAACAAAUGUUAGAAGAUUCUCUUUUCGAAGACUCUUCGUUAAUUAAUUUGUUUUUAGAGGUACUUAAAAACUGUCCUAGAACAUCUAGAAGAAAUCUUAUUAGUCAUAUUAUUGUUGUUGGUGGAUUAGUUCUUGAUGGUAUUGAAGAAAGAUUAAUAAAAGAAUUAAAACAAGUAGCUUCUCAAUUUCAUGUCCAGUCAAGAGACUUCAAAAUUAUACAUCAUAACCAUUCUUAUAAUGCUCAAUGGGAGGCAACACAACAAUAUGUGAAAGACAAUUAUAAUAUUUGA